UUUCACACACACUCUCUCUCCAUCCUCUCCCUCCUCGCUCCUCUCCUCCACACGCACAAAACGCUCUGUCAUGGCGUCUUCCAACCAUGUUACCCCUACCAACUGUAGCUGGUGGCCCAUCUCAGCCAUGGAUGAAGACGGCAAAAUCACAGACGGGGAGGAGUGCGAAGAACCGGCGGCAGAGCCCAAACCCUUCAACAAAGACAGGCUCGUUUUGUACCACUGGACGCAAUCUUUCACCUCCCAGAAGGUACGGCUCGUCAUUAAUGAGAAGGGUCUUGUCUGUGAGGAGAGGGAUGUGAGCUUACCACUGCAGGAGCACAAGGAGCCCUGGUUCAUGAGGCUGAACCUGGGCGAGGAGGUGCCCGUCUUCCUCCAUGGAGACACCAUCAUUAGUGACUACAACCAGAUUAUAGAUUACAUGGAGAAAACCUUUGUGGGAGACACAGUGGCUCAGCUGAUCCCUGACGCAGACUCGCCUCUCUACGAUCGUGUGCAGCAGUACCGUCAGCUACUGGAUGGUCUGCCCAUGGAUGCGUACACACAUGGCUGCAUCCUUCAUCCAGAGCUCACGACUGACUCUAUGAUCCCAAAGUACGCCACAGCAGAAAUACGUAGACAUCUGGCCAACGCUGCGACAGAGCUGAUGAAGCUGGACCAUGAGGAGCCUCAGCUGACAGAACCGUACCUCUCCAAACAGAAGAAGCUAAUGGCAAAAAUCUUGGACCAUGAUAAUGUGAACUACCUGAAGAAAAUUCUGGGGGAGUUAGCCAUGGUUUUAGAUCAAGUGGAAGCUGAACUGGAGAAAAGAAAACUAGAGUAUCAAGGCCAAAAGUGUGAGUUGUGGCUUUGUGGACCUGAAUUUACACUAGCUGACAUCUGCCUCGGAGCCUUGUUGCACAGGCUCAAGUUCUUGGGACUUUCUAAGAAAUACUGGGAGGACGGCAGCCGGCCCAACCUGCAGUCCUUUUUUGUGCGUGUGCAAAAACGCUACGCUUUUCGAAAGGUCUUGGGUGACAUCCACACGACCCUCCUGUCGGCAGUCCUACCCAACGCCUUCCGGAUGGUAAAAAAGAAGCCGCCGUCCUUCUUCGGGGCCUCUUUUCUCAUGGGUUCACUGGGCGGGAUGGGCUACUUUGCCUACUGGUAUUUAAAAAAGAAAUACAUGUAGUGAAUGCCCACUUGUUGUGUUAUAUGUCUGUGUAUUUGUGUGAUGUUUAAACUUUUCUGUAAUGUUUUAUGACUGCAGGAAAACAUAAUGAAUCUAUAUAGAGAACACUAUUACUUACCUGGGUGAACAAAGAAAUAUUAAAACAUUCCAUAAUAAGAAAUUCUUAACAGCACAUUUUCUGGUAAUCAAGGCCUUCGUUAAAGUUUAAUUACUGGAAACUUGCAGCUCUUGUGCAUGCAAGUACUCAUUUAACUUUUGUUGAAGGCAUGCAUCAGGUCCACCUACACUGAAAUCUUAAAGUGAAAAAAAAAAACCCAGAUAAAACUUUAAACACAACAACAACAGGGGUUAACUGACCUUCGCAUGCCACUAUUAUAGUCACUACUCAUACCUGCUCCUCACUCCAUCUACCUGAGGUAUAACCAGUACAACCACAGGGACAUGUACAUGACGAUUACUUUCUGAAAAGUGCUGUGCUGCCAGAAACUGCCACAUGUAAUGAUGAAAGGAUGGAGGCAAACUUUAAAGGUAUGCUUUGACAUUUUGGGAAAUGUGCUUAUUGGCUUUAUUGAUGAGGCGUGGAUGAGAAGAUCGAUACUACUCUUUGUGUAGGUGUUAAAUAUGAAGCUACAGGCCAAGAGGGUGAUUAGCUUAGUUUAAACACUGAAAACAAGCAAAACAGCCGCUCUGUCACAGAAAUGUGAAUACCAGCAUCAGCUAGGUAUAGAACGUGAUUUUCACUUAAACAGCAUGAAACAGAAGCCAACACCAGUAAAUGCCUUUGUCUCAUUUAAAUAUGAAAACAUAAUUAUGCUUCACUAUUAACAUACUAGGUCUAAUCAAAUUAUCACACUUAGCUUGUGAUAAUUCAGUGAAAUUGUCACACUCCACGUGUAAUUUGAUUAAACACAAACACAUUAGCUAUAUUUUGCAAUAUGCCGGCGUGGGGACAGUAGAAUCUGAUAUAUUAAAACUAAGCAGAUAAUUAGGAUAAUGAUGGAAGGCGCGCUUCAGUCAAUAUUGUGCUUAAGUGGUGCAAAUCACUUAACACAUUUCUAAUGAAUUAAACUGCCACUCCACUUUGGGUGGCAUGACAUUGCGGUGUGGUGGUUUGCACUGUUGACUGGGAGCACUCACUAUGUGCUGGGUUUUUCUUUCAGCAGCUCCAUAGAUGUUCACGUUGGGUUAAUUUUUGCUUCUAAAUUGGCCAUAGGUGUGGAUGUGAGUAAGACAAAGUGAGAAUGUGAAUGUUUGGUUUGUAGUGGAAAUGCUUUGAAUGGUCCAGUCAGACUGUGUCGGUUCCACUUUACCUGGUUGUCAGCCCUAUUUUUUAAUCUAAAGUAGAGUAUCAAACAUACAUAAAGUGUGUCACAUUACAAGAUAUGAAUAUCUUCCAGUGUCACAACGAAUCACGAAGGGGAAAGGUUAAAAAAGAAAGUUUAAAAACAAGAGCAGAAGAAGAAAUCUGCUUUUGUCUAUUUGUGUUUCUUUUGGGGGACUAAACCUUGCUCCUGAUAGAAGCAUGUUAGGGAAACUAAAGGUGCAAAACAGUGUGUGGGUCUUUGAAAAGACCGUCAUUUCAUGCAAAUGUUUCCAGUCUUAAUGCUGAGCUAAGCAGCUGUAGCAGCUACAUGAUCAUGCACACAAUAAAAGCAGUACCCAUCUUCUCAUCUAACCCUCAGAAAUAAAGUGGAAAAAUCUCCCAAACUAUAAAAGUGCUCCUUUAACUUAUUGUACACCCAAUAUGUAAUAACACACAGAGACAUGCACACGUGUGUCCAGAGUCAGUUUAUUUAGAGCACCACAGAUCACACAGCACACAGUGGUCCACUGUCACUAUCUUGUCGCUGAGCAGAGGAAAAUCUGGGUGUUUGAAAAGUUACACUUGGCUCUACUGAUAGCAAAAUAAUAAAUUCUGCAUCUAUGGCACAAUAGUGAUGACUUAGGGUUAGGAUGUAUGUUUCAUUGCAUGGGUUACUUUCAUAUUGUGUACACUGAGGGGUUUUUUUGUGGCCCAGAGGCAGAAUUUAUGACAUGACUAAGCCACAGAUUUCUAAAUAUUCAGUUGGUAACUGUAACCUUUGAAUCACCUGCACUGCACCGCGUCUGAGACGGUCCCUCAGCAAUACUGAGCAAGAAAAAACGCACUGGAAUUCACUGCUGUUUGUUUGUCUCUGCUGACUUCCUCCUGACAGAUGCAAGAUUGUUUUUAACAGAUAGAUAUUUUUAAUUACACACGGUCGCAUUUAUUUUACCAUGCUUAAUUUUUAAUGAGCUUAAAGGUUAAACAACGGGAACGAGGGAAGGAAAAAGCUGACUCAUCUGAAGGCUUAAGGAGCAUGAUGGUGAGAAACAGAGAGCCUUCCCAGCCGUCUCGUUGUUUCUUAAUGCAGUUUAUUUUUCUUACUCCACAUUAAGUUAACCCUUGACGGGAAUCACUUUGUGUUUCUUUACCAGAUGUCCGUGCUUUUUU